UCCUAGCACACAGACGUGCUGCUCCUAGCGUCGGCACCUUGCAAGCACAGCAGUCACCUUCCAACCUCUGCGACUCCCCCCCCCCACCCUCUCUCUCUCUCUCUCUCUCUCUCAGUCGCAGUUAUCUUUGCAGGACGGAGGUGGACCAGCUGACCGGUCCGCUUCGCCCGUGAUUACGGCAUCUGAGGGAGGUUUUUGCCCGCUGGGGGAGAGAAAUCGGAGCGUUCGCUUUGGCUUAUACCCGCAAAAAAAAAAGAAAGGAAAAAAAAGUCUAUGCUCCAAAAAGACACGCGACUGGUCGCUUUACCGAGACAGAGAGGCUGCCGUGCGUCCUGGUGAUGAGGUUGGUGGCGCACAGCCGACACAGCAUUAAAGGAAUCCCUCUGUAUCUGAAGAAACCGCCCCAGUAAGGGACAGGAACAGGGGGCGGGGAGGGGGGGGGGAGUGAGAGAGAGAGCAGUGGGAACUGGUGUCGGCUGGGACGCUAUCAUUUCGACUAGGAUGCAUCUCUUCAGUGCCAUGUUCCUACUUGUGAUGUUAGCUGUAAUGCCCUGUGAGGCUCUGUACCCGAGCCCAGAGGAGGGCUGGCAGAUCUACAGCUCGGCACAGGACGCAGAUGGGAAGUGUAUCUGCACCGUGGUCGCACCAGCCCAGAACAUGUGUAACCGCGACCCACGCAGCAGGCAGCUUCGCCAGCUCAUGGAGAAGGUUCAGAACAUUAGCCAGUCAAUGGAGGUACUGGACCUGAGGACAUACAGAGAUCUACAGUAUGUUAGGAACACCGAGAGUCUAAUGAAAGUGGUGGAUGGGAAGCUGAAGGUGGCCUCUGAAAACCCCCGCAGCCUCAAUCCAAAGGGCUUUCAGGAGUUGAAAGACAAGGUGACCCAGCUGCUCCCCCUGCUGCCAGUGCUGGAACAGUACAAGGCCGAUGCUAAGAUGAUCCUGCGUCUUCGGGAGGAGGUGCGAAAUCUGUCCUUGGUGCUGAUGGCCAUCCAAGAGGAGAUGGGGGCCUACGAUUAUGAGGAGCUGCGCCAGAGAGUCCUGCUACUGGAGACCAGGCUCCACUCCUGCAUGCAGAAACUAGGCUGCGGGAAGCUCACCGGAGUCAGCAAUCCCAUCACAGUACGUGCAUCUGGGUCGAGGUUUGGAUCCUGGAUGACAGAUACCAUGAUCCCCAGCUCAGACAACAGAGUGUGGUCCAUGGAUGGUUACUUCAAGGGGCGUCGUGUCCUGGAGUACCGCACGAUGAAUGAUUUCAUGAAAGGCCAAAACUUUGUGCAGCACUUGCUGCCUCACCCUUGGGCAGGCACCGGCCAUGUGGUUUACAACGGCUCACUGUACUACAACAAAUACCAGAGUAACAUCAUCAUCAAGUACCACUUCCGUUCUCGAAGCGUGCUGGUGCAACGCAGCCUGAGCGGGGCCGGGUAUAACAACACCUUCCCCUACUCCUGGGGUGGCUCCUCUGACAUCGACCUCAUGGCAGAUGAGAACGGCCUGUGGGCCGUUUACACCACCAUCCCAAAUGCUGGCAACAUUGUCAUCAGUCGCCUGGAGCCACAGAGUCUGGAGGUGCUGCAGACUUGGGACACAGGUUUUCCCAAGCGCAGUGCUGGAGAGUCUUUCAUGAUCUGCGGUACACUUUACGUCACCAACUCCCACCUAGCCGGUGCCAAGAUCUAUUUUGCCUACUACACCAACACAUCGACCUAUGAGUACACAGACAUCCCCUUCCACAAUCAAUACUCCCACAUCUCCAUGAUGGACUACAACCCCAGGGAGAGGGUCCUGUACACCUGGAACAACGGACACCAGGUGCUCUAUAAUGUCACACUGUUCCAGGUUAUUAAGACUUCUGGGGACUGAGAGCCCUCAGACUGACCCACUCAAAUAAUGCUGUGAUCAUUGUUCGGGGAAAGACACAGGAGCUGGGUGGAGGUGGGCACAGGUUGUGGGUGGUGUGGGUUUGGGGCUUCAGUGUAUGGGGCAUAGGCUUGGAUUUUUUUUAAAGAAUUUCAAUCUUCAUAGAGUGCUAUUAUUCACAUUCUCAAAAAACACUCCGACAGCGAGGUCGGUAAAGAUACAAAGACUGAACGCUUCUCCUUUUUUUUUUUUCUUUCUGUGAUGAGUAAGCAUGGUUCUUUUUAUUUGUGAUGAGAAAUAAAUAUCAAUCUUUACCAUUUA